AUGAUAACCCUUCCGCGUCUGGCGUUGCUCCUGGCGGCCGCUGCUUCGCUGGCCUCUGCCAGCGUGGUCACGUCGAAUAGCGGUGGCAACUUCGAGCUGCUCAUCCUCCACAACAACGACAUGCACGCGCGCUUCGAGCAGACUUCGCAGCUGAGCGGCGCCUGCACCACCGCCGACAGGGAGGCGGGAAAGUGCUACGGCGGAUUUCCGAGAGUCGCUUACGUUGUGAAGGAGGCUAGAAGAGCCGCUGCCUCCGGUGAGGGCCCGCCGGUGCUGUAUCUGAACGCUGGCGACACCUACACGGGAACAGCAUGGUUCACAAUCUACAAAUGGAAAGUUGCCGCGGAAUUCCUCAACGCGUUGAAACCCGACGCCGUUUCCCUCGGUAAUCACGAGUUUGACAACGGAGUCAGUGGACUCACACCAUUUAUAGAAAACCUGACGACUCCCGUCUUAGCGGCUAAUCUGGUGCUGAAUAAAGUUCCCGAGCUUGCGGGAGAACCAAAUCUCAGAAAAUCUGUCGUUUUUAAUGUUUCCGGUGUAGCAGUUGGAGUAGUAGGAUAUUUAACUCCAGAAACAAAGAUGUUAGCGGUACACAACAACGUUGAAUAUAUCGAUGAAAUUGUCGCUAUUAAGGAGGAGGUAAAGAACUUAAAAAAAGAAGGCGUAAAUAUAAUAAUAGCACUUGGUCAUUCUGGUUAUUUAAGGGAUAUAGAGAUUGCUAGAGCAGUCGAAGAUAUUGAUUUACUCAUUGGCGGACAUUCCAAUACUUUUCUUUGGAAUGGUACAACCCCAGACUCGGACGAAAUUCAAGGUCCGUAUCCAACAUAUGUAACUCAAGCGUCUGGCAAACAAGUUCCAGUAGUACAAGCUUACGCCUAUACAAAAUAUCUCGGGAAACUCCAUAUGAUAUUCGGUUCUAAUGGGGACCUUAUAAGUAUAGAUGGUAACCCCAUCCUUUUAGAUAACAGCAUACCUCAAGAUCCUGAACUUUUAAAAAUAGUCGAACGCUAUAGGAGAGACGUUCUUAACAUCACCGAAGAAGUAAUUGGAAAUACCUCAGUACAACUGGAUGGUUUAAGCUGCCAGAAUAAAGAAUGCAAUCUGGGAAACAUGAUCGCCGAUGCUAUGGUUUAUCGUUAUGCAACCGAUUAUAAAGGAAAAUAUUGGACAGAUGCUCCGAUUGCAACUAUUCAGGGGGGAGGCAUAAGAUCAUCUAUAACGAAUUUAGAAACACCAACUAACAUUACUAAAGGUGAUUUAUUGGGUGUAAUGCCUUUUGAAGGAAUAUUAGUAACAGUUAAAAUGAGCGGUAACAUACUUUUACAAAUGCUCGAAUAUGGUGUUUCAAACUACGAUCCUUUAGAUUAUCCAGGAGAGUUCUUACAGGUUUCUGGAAUAAAAGUAAUGUUCGACCUAAGAAAACCUUCCGGUUCAAGAAUAAUUAAAGCCGAGGCCAGAUGCGCCGCAUGUGACAUACCAAGUUUCUCCGAAAUCGAUCGCAAAGAAAUAUACAAGUGCCUUGGAAACCAUGAAUUUGACGAGGAAGUUGGCGGGGUUGUGCCAUUUAUAAAAAAUCUGACGUCGCCAGUAUUAGCUGCAAAUCUUAUAUUAGAUAAGGUGCCCGAAUUGCAAAAUAUAACCAAUCUAUACAAAUCAAUUGUUUUAACGAGGAAAGGUAUUAAAAUCGGCAUCAUAGGAUAUUUGACACCGGACACGAAAUUCCUCGCGCCAAAAAAUGACGUGGAAUACGAAGAUGAAAUAACCGCUAUAAGUAGAGAAGUCGCCAUAUUAAGAGAAAAGGGAGUAAACAUUAUAAUAGCACUAGGUCAUUCAGGGUUCUUAAAAGACUUGGAAAUUGCUAAGGAAGUCGACGGGCUCGAUUUAGUGAUUGGGGGCCAUUCCAACACUUUCUUAUGGAACGGUGAAAGUUUCACGGAAUCUCCGGAGCAUCCCCAAGGAUUGUAUCCAACUAUUGUGAAGCAAAAGUCUGGGAGGACGGUGCCCGUGGUCCAAGCUUACGCAUAUACGAAAUAUUUAGGUAAACUGCAUCUAUUCUUCGACGCAUCUGGGAAACUAUUGAAAUGCUUCGGCGAUCCGAUGUUACUGCACCAAGAAAUACCGAACGAUGAACAACUAAUGGAGAUAAUCAAGCGUUACCGCAAAGACAUAGAUCGUAUUAAUAACGAAGUAGUUGGAAGCUCACUGGCGUUCCUUGAUGGGGAACAAUGUCGUAUAAGAGAAUGUAACUUAGGUAAUAUUAUUACAGACUCAAUUUUGAAUUACACUAAUGAAAUGUAUGAUGACGUAAAGAUCGCCGUGAUCCAAGGAGGAAGAAUCAGAGCAUCAUUAGGCCGGCCUGAGCCACCGUUCAACAUCACAAGGGGAGAUUUGAUCACAAUUCUACCGUUUUCAGACACACUGACCAUUAUAACAAUGAACGGUUCAGUUCUAUUGAAGUCGUUAGAGCAUUCUGUGGCAUCUUGGCGUACCAUCGACAGCCCGGGUCAAUUUCUACAGAUGUCCGGCGUCGAAGUAAUCUACGAUUUAUCAAAACCAUCCGGACAUCGAGUGCAAUCUGCUAAAGCAAUGUGUAUCGGUUGCUCCGGCUUAGGCGAGAUCCAGCCUGACUUAAAAUAUAAAAUUAUAUUGCCAGGAUUCUUAGCAGAUGGCGGAGACGGAUAUAGCAUUUUCGAAAAUCUCCCAAAGGACAUCCUUCCUUACAAUGAGCAGCAG